CCCUCUUCUCAAACACACACAAAAAACAAAAUGUCAGGAAGAGGAAAAGGUGGCAAGGGGCUAGGCAAAGGCGGUGCAAAACGACACCGUAAAGUUCUCCGUGACAACAUUCAGGGUAUAACCAAACCGGCGAUCCGUCGUCUAGCGAGACGUGGUGGCGUGAAGCGUAUCAGUGGGUUGAUAUACGAGGAGACACGUGGCGUGUUGAAGAUAUUCUUGGAGAAUGUGAUAAGAGAUGCGGUUACGUACACGGAACAUGCGAGGAGGAAGACGGUUACUGCCAUGGAUGUUGUGUACGCGUUGAAGAGGCAGGGCCGUACGCUUUAUGGAUUUGGUGGUUAAUGGGUUUAUUAUUGUUGUUAGGUUUCUGUUGUUAUUGUGUAGUAUCUUUGAUGUGUUAGUGGAAUUCAAGCUUGAUUGAUGAUUAAGUUGAAAUAUAUUAUGUUUCUGUGUUA